CCAACUGCAAUUGGCGCCGCUUUUCUCAUACUAUCAACAAGUUCACUCCACCCUGCAAAACGGUGCGUUUUGGUUGAAGCUCAGAGGUAGACGAAGAUGGAGUUCCCAGUCGCAACGAAGACUCAGCACGAGCAAUGGAUGGUCGAGAGUCAGGUCUUCCGGAAAUACAACCUCUUCGAGGACCUCCCCCACCACGCCCAAACCAUAAUGCUGGAACUUCGGCGGGAUGAGCACACAGUGUACUUGAUGAGAGGUCUGAGAGGUCUGCCUGCUUCGUUUUCAGUUUUGGAUGCCAACAGUCGACCAUGGAUGUGUUACUGGAUUUUGCACUCAUUGGCUUUACUGGGUGAGUUGGUUGACGAUGAACUGGAAAAUAGAACCAUUGACUUCCUUAGCCGGUGUCAGGACCCAAAUGGCGGAUAUGGCGGCGGACCUGGACAGAUGCCACAUCUUGCAACAACUUAUGCUGCAGUCAAUUCGCUGAUUACUCUGGGUGGUCAUAAAGCUCUUUCAUCAAUUAAUAGACGUGAACUGUACACGUUUCUGCGGCGAAUGAAACAACCAAGCGGGGGCUUCAGGAUGCAUGAUGCUGGAGAAAUUGAUGUUCGGGCUUGCUACACUGCCAUUUCUGUAGCAAGUGUUUUGAACAUUUUGGAUCACGAAUUGGUUGAUAAUGUUGGAAGUUACAUCUUAAGUUGUCAGACUUAUGAAGGUGGUAUAUCUGGGGAACCUGGUUCUGAAGCUCAUGGUGGGUACACCUUUUGUGGGCUGGCAACAAUGAUUCUGAUCAAUGAGGUCAAUUGUUUGGACUUGCCUAGACUAAUUGAUUGGUUGGUAUUUCGACAAGGGAAGGAAUGUGGAUUUCAGGGGAGGACUAAUAAGUUAGUUGAUGGUUGCUACUCUUUCUGGCAGGGAAGUGCAUUUGCAUUAUUACAAAGAAUACCUUCAGUUAGUGAGGAGCAAAUUGUGCUACCGGAUGUGGGACACUGCACUUUGGAUACCUCACACACUUCUACAACAUCUCGUAUAUCUGAAGUGGACAACAGUUCUAAAGGUACUUCAUCUCAGGUUGAUGACACCAGAGGUUUUAGGCAGGAAGGGUUGAAGGUUCCCUUUCCAGUGAAUUACAAUGAUAUUGGAUAUGAUUUUAUCAACAGAAGUGUAGAAAUGAAGCCGCUUUUCCAUGCCAUUGCAUUGCAGCGGUACAUACUUUUAUGCACACAGGCAGAGAAUGGUGGACUGAUAGACAAACCUGGCAAAUCUAAAGAUUUUUAUCACACAUGUUAUUGCCUAAGUGGUCUCUCUGUAUGUCAACAUAUCUGCUCAGAUGCUGACUCUCCAGUUUUGCCUAGAGCAGUUUCGGGUCCCUAUUCCAAUCUGUUGGAACCGAUUCAUCCCCUCUUCAACGUCGUCUUAGAUCAGUAUCAUGAAGCGCGAGAAUUCUUCACAACACACCGGGCACCAUUCAACUCCGAGGUUCUCCAUUAACUUGAAAAUGCUUGUUGUGUUUUUUUUUUUUUUUUUUUAAAAUGCAUGUUGUGUGCAAUGUAACAGUUAAUAAUUCCAGGCCUUUGGUACAUGGAAUUGGAUCGAUUAUAGGUGUUCCAGUGUACCUGUAAUAUCUAUUUAGUUUCAAAUCUGUACUGUGAAAUGUGUAGUAUAAGUUGGUAGGAUCCUUAUCUUCAGUGGUGGUGUUCCAUCGUAUUAUAUUGAAUUUUUACAACUUAAAAACCCAA